AUGGGUACAUUUAAUUAUACGUCGCAGCUGAUGCAAGCGUCUGGUAAAACAGUGACGUCGUCUCAUGACGCGGCGUCGUAUAUGGACUUGGUACAUCGUUAUAAUGACGCUAUAGGAUUGAUGAAGAUCAAUCGAUUGCAUGAGGCAGAGAUAUUGCUACGUGAUGUCCUUAAUCGACAGUCUCAUGCAGGAUUUGAUGAGCUGGCAAUAGCGUUGACGCAGAACGAACUUGGUCGUGUCUUACGACACUUGGGAGCGUUGGACGAAGCGCUUGAGCUUUUGACAAAGGCGCUCGAAGUGCGGGAUCGUGCGGAUGAAGCGGCAGGUUCUUGUAUUGCUCUAACGGAUGGAAACCUUACGCGUAAUGAGAUUGCCAAAGUAUACGAGGCCAUGGGCGACUGUACCAAGGCAUUGGAAAUACGGGAGCCGGGUAAACGCAUUUGCAGCAAUGAAGCCUGUGAAGCGUUUGAUUAUCUGGAUGGGGAGUUGCUUGCUUGUAGUCGCUGCAAGUGUGUGUUUUACUGUGGCAAGACAUGCCAACGGCACGAUUGGAAAACUCGUCACAAGUUGUUGUGUCAGGAAAUAAAGAUGGAAAAGAUGCUGUUAUGGGAGUGGGAUCAACAAGUGUAG